CCGCCAUAUAAAAGCACCGGGUACUAAAUCGACUCUGAUCGAACAUAUUUUCUGUUUUCGUAUAGUUGUUUGCAUAUUGGUAAUUUUCAUAUAUACUGAAUUUUUGAAAAUUGGAAUUUAUGAGUUAUUAAACAGUUAAUCGGUCAUUAAAUGUGCAAAUGCACCAUGAUUGGUUUACAAUUGCUGCCGAAAAUGGGCUGAAAAUGUCGACCCACUAACCAAAGCCAGGCGUUCUAUUAACAGUUCCAAAAACAUUUGCCCCAGCUAGUAAUUUCGUUUUCGAUACAUGGUGUGUUCUGUGCGAUCUUUUUACUGUUUCUUCGUAUUGAAAUAUAGAAAGUUUAUAUAUUUUUUUUCUUUAACAUAACACCGGCAUUAUAUUCUUAAGAUAUUUUACAUUUUCCAAAUACUUCUAUCACUCUGCUGAAAAUACGCACUGCGCAGGUUAAGCCGGCGCGUUUCAAGGAGACGGUAUUCAACAAGUCGUGAUGCAUUGGAGGUUCGGCGGUCCUUAUCCAAAAACCGACCAGAAAUCAGUGUUACAAAAGCAAUUUGUGUGACAAAGCAUAAAAGUGCAAAAUUAUAUUUUAAGACAUAUUCAGAAGCUUUCUUAUCAGUGGACUAUAUAUCCUUGGAAGAAAGUAGACAUUCUUAGUGACACUGAAAGUACAAGUGAAAAAUAUAAAAAUUGGGGGGGCUGUUUGACCGAUGGACAAACGGAAGAUGAUGCCCAAACGCCCUCGAAUGGAUAACCUGAGGGGUCCUAUUGCAAAUGGACCCAUUCAGACACGACCAUUAGUAGCUUUGUUAGAUGGUCGAGAUUGCUCUAUAGAAAUGCCUAUUCUUAAAGAUGUUGCAACAGUAGCCUUCUGUGAUGCACAAUCUACAUCAGAAAUUCAUGAAAAGGUAUUAAAUGAAGCAGUAGGUGCAUUAAUGUGGCACACUAUAAUUUUGACAAAGGAAGAUCUCGAAAAAUUUAAAACAUUACGGAUUAUUGUGAGAAUUGGAUCUGGAGUAGAUAAUAUAGAUGUCAAAGCAGCAGGUGAACUCGGCAUCGCUGUGUGCAAUGUGCCUGGAUAUGGUGUUGAAGAAGUAGCUGAUACUACUCUUUGUCUCAUUCUAAAUUUAUAUCGACGUACAUAUUGGUUGGCAAACAUGGUGCGUGAAGGGAAAAAAUUCACAGGUCCAGAACAGGUUAGAGAAGCUGCAACAGGAUGUGCAAGGAUACGGGGUGACACACUUGGAAUAGUUGGAUUAGGUAGAAUUGGUUCUGCAGUUGCCCUGCGUGCCAAAGCCUUUGGUUUCACCGUGAUCUUCUAUGAUCCUUAUUUACCAGAUGGAAUUGAGAAAUCUCUUGGUCUUAACAGGGUCUACACAUUACAGGAUUUGCUAUUCCAGUCAGAUUGUGUAUCCUUGCAUUGUACCUUGAACGAGCACAAUCAUCACUUAAUUAAUGAAUUCACUAUCAAACAGAUGAGACCUGGCGCCUUUUUAGUUAAUACAGCAAGAGGUGGUCUGGUUGAUGAUGAUGCCUUGGCUGCGGCAUUAAAACAAGGCAGAAUUCGUGCAGCAGCACUAGAUGUACAUGAAAAUGAGCCAUACAAUGUUUUUCAGGGUCAGUGCUCACAGUGUCCAUUAAAAGACGCACCCAAUCUAUUGUGUACACCACAUGCAGCAUUUUACAGCGACGCAAGCUGCACCGAACUUCGUGAGAUGGCAGCCAGUGAAAUACGAAGAGCUAUCGUUGGUCGCAUACCUGACUGCUUACGAAACUGUGUGAACAAGGAAUACUUCCUUUCUUCGACCGGAAACAGAUUUUCAAGCAGAUGUUAACUCGUAUUACAUGGAAAGAGAAUCGAGUGUGUAAAGUAACGUGGUUAGAAGCGUUCGAACCUUUGGAUUUCCUAAGAUCGAUUGGGCACUUUGUAAAAGGCAUUUAUCGAAGUGGCCAAUUUCUUUUCGCUUUCUCCAGCAGCUACCCUGAGGGAAUCAACGGCGGAUACUAUUCCGGGGGGCUGCCCGUUCAACAGGCGCAUUCAACGACUCCUCACGAUUCUGCACCCCCACCUCCUGGUGGGCAUUCCGUCGUCGGCGGCGGUGGUGGUGGGGGUGGUGGCGGACCGAACUCCUCUGCAGGCGGUGCAGGCGCCGGGGGUCCUACAGGCCCUACGGGUCCAACGGUAGGCGGCGGUGGGGCUGGAGGCCCUACUUCAGCUCCUCCUACUGGUGGAUUAACCGGUAUACCACACAGCAUAGUGAGCGAGCCUGACCCCCGGCCAAGCCCACCUGCACCGAGCCCUCGUUGACCUUGAACCCCCGACGUCCACUCCAGCACCACCCUCCGAUCUAAUUUCCCUUAGCCAUUCAUACACGACCUCUGACGACAAAUGGCCGAUUGACUAACGUGUGUCGUGCACGAUGUGCCCCAAAAAUCUGUCCGCUGCUUCCGAAGAACUCGAGGGAAUCCAUCCUUGAGAAAGAGUGAAAUGAGAGAACGGGGGGUAGGCGGGAAGAAAGAACAAGAGAGAGCGAGCGAAAGAGAGAGCGAGCGAAAGAGAGAGCGAGCGAGAGAGAGAGAGAGAGAGCGAGAGAGAGAGAGAAAGAGCGAGUAAAAAGUGAGAGAACAAAAUGGAGAGAAAGAAAACGUAAGAAAGAGAAUGAAUGAAAAGGAGAGAGAAAGAGAGAGUGAGAGAGAGAGAGAGUGAGAGAGUGAGAGAGAGAGAGAGGGAGAGAGAGAUAGAGAGAUAGAAA